UAAUAUUAGUCAACGCUAGCUUCCGGCUGGUGAGGAGCCUGGCUAGGGGAGAGGAUUGCGUGAAGAAGGCACGGCGCGUUUGUCCAAGUAAAGUCAAGUUUCAGCUCGACGAGUAAGUGGCAAGUCGGAGGAAAGAGAGCAAACGGGUAUCACCAGCAACUUGGCACCAUCUAUUCUCUCCCCUGGCUCCAUUUGUGCUAAGAAACCAUCCAGUCACAGUGCAUCAUAUCAUUAAGUCACCCAGUGCCUCAAACAAAACAAACAAACAAAAACAAAAAAAAACCUUUCCAUCUUCACCAGUGCAAAAAAACAUACAACCAAAACACACCAGCAAAUCAGCAGCAUUGCUAUUUAAGCUAAAUCAUUCAUUCGACCCGCAGAGAACUCUAUACCCACACACUACCUGACACCAUCAUGGCCUCCAUCACCAAGUCGUCUGAGCCGGAGAUCGCAGACAACCACAGAGACAGCUGGGUGGCGCUCCUGGCCGCCGCCGACGUGUACUGCCAAAAAUCGGGCUGCGAGCUGGCCAUCCUCACGGCGUGCAAGAGGUUCCGCUCCUCGGCGCCGGAAAUGGACGGCACGAAGAAGAAGUGGGAAAGUGCUGGCGGUUUCCCCAGGGAGUGCGAGUUCUCGUACAGUGUUUGGGGUCAAGGCUUCCUGGCUGAGUCGGCGCGUCGCUACGUGGACGACAUCGGCGUGCUGCACUCGACCACUUUGCUGACGGCGCAGAGGCACACGCGUCAGGCCGCUGUGGACCUCACAUCAGAGGCUGGGUGCAGGGGGAACGUGACAGGUGAUGGUGUGCUGGUUGGUGUCAGCCCCGACACCAGACUGUACUCUGAGAACUACCCGUCCAUCUACAACUCAGGAGGCACACCCGGCCAGGGCAACAACGGCGAGCGGGACAAGAGCGCCCUGGAGGCCACUCGGCAGGACAGGCAGCGCGCGGGCAUCGUGGACCUGGAGGAAGAGUGCGAGGAUGACGAGGAGGAGGAGGAGGACGAGGAGGACAUGGAUGAGAAGAGACCGUUCGGAAAUGAGAGCGCAGGUGUGUUCUCCAUGGAUGAGGACUCACUGUCUCGUGACUGUGAGCCCUUCUUUGAGUCUGACGGCGAGGAGGAGAGCACCGACGGUGAGUCGGCCCACGCCCACUCUGCUCAUGAACGAAUACGAGCGGUCCGUUCACGCAUUUGUAGUUCUUCCUCAGGCUCUUUGAGCGAGGAAGCGCCGCCGCCCUCACGUGGUAUGGCUGUGGGCCACCACGGCACGUACGCGUCCAGGCACACCCACCCCAUGGCGCUGGCCCGCUCGCUGCCCGUCUCGGUGCCCGUGUGGGGGUGUAAGGGGGGCCGGGCUGCGCCGGGAGAAGGCAACAGUGGAGAACGGGUGGGCUGCACCGACCUGGAGCACAUCGCUGCCAGCAUGAAGGCCCUCCUGGCGCCUGGGGCCACCGACGGGACGGAAAUGUUCGGGGCCCUGCCACGGCCCCGGGUCAACACGGGCGACUUCUCGCUCAAGCACUGAGUGCGAGCGCGGGGGCCGAGAGUCAUAUGCAAUGUGAAAACUGCGUGAAAUUAAAAACUUGCACCUCCAUUCAUCGCUCGCUAAUUCAAGGAGGUAUCGCAACUAAAAAAUGUCUGACGACGCACCUGGAGAGUAUGCAAAUGCUACAGCUACACUAAUGUACUAUAGCUACACUAAAGAGGCGCAACAAUUUGUUUGGGCUUUGUAUCCCCCAUUUGCUCCAUGCUAAUGUUUUUUAUAGUGCACAUGGGGGGGAGUGGAAUGUUCAAAUUUACUGGAUUAGCAUUGAUGUCGAUAACGUUCCAAAAUACAUAUAGUCUGUUGUCGACACAAAAAUCUGAUAAUAAAAGUCAAACGUGUUUUUUUUUUCUUCUUUUUUUUUGUGGCUGGUUAUGCUAGCACACAGGAAACUCAGUAACUAAACUGGCUAGUUGUACCUAGCUCGCCAUCCUGCAAUGGCAUCCCGCAAUGGCUAAAAAAAAAAUUACUGCACAAAUUUAUAUAUAUAUAUAUAUAUAUAUAUAUAAUGUUUUACUUUUCACAAGCUUACAUAUACAGACACAAAAAUUGGUCAUACCAGCUAGGCAACUGCUAGGCAACUUUCAGCCUCGCUUAAGUUAGUUUAGCAUCGAGAGAGAAAGCAGGAAGUUAGCUAACAUUUCAAAAUACACGUCAGAAUCUGCUUUUCACACAAAAAAAUCAAAAGUCAAAAAUGUUUUGGUGUUUGUCUAGUAAUGUUGGGAAAAUUGCUAGCCAAUCAAGCCAGUUGAUAGCUACAAAAUAUUACUGACACUAUAAAAUGGUUGUUUCUGUUAAGCUGUGAUUUGUGUCUUAUCUCAAAAUAUCGUCAUCGCUAAGCUAACUCCCCAAUGGCACGAACGAUUCCAAACGUAACACCGUUUACAUCGCUUGUCAGAACUGUUCAUCUUCUGUAACUCUUUUGAGUAUUUCUGUCACUGUUGUCACGGUUUAGUAUGUGCGAGCAUGUCAGCGUGGAGCACACCGAUGUUAACAACAAUAAUAGCUCCUGGUGCGUCGUCAGGCCCUCAUUCAAAAACAUUUGUUCUCCUUGAAGGUUAAAAUGUGAAAAGCUCGUGUUGAAAAUGUUGGCACACCAGCAGUACCUGUCAUAAUUUGUCAUUCAUAAAUCCUAACAUACUUCUUUGCCCUUUGUACUUUGACUUGUUACCAACCAAUGACUGACUCAUCCAAUGAUUGUACUUCAUGUUUUUUUUUUUUUUUUUUCCUUCUUGAAGUGAACGAAUGACUGAGACUGACAGAAGUGAGACAGAAAACAUUGGGACUGAAAGUAAAAGAUGUCAAAGUGACAUUUCGGUAGAUGCUCUCUUAAGUUUUUCUUUUGUGGUUCAAAUAAAGGAGCAACACCCAAGUGAGAAGAUGUGGGCUCGUCUGAAUAUUAUGACCUAUUUUCCUGAAAAAUUAUUUUGUCUAAAGAAUGUGACAUCCUCAGAAAAACUUGUCCUUUUUGUCUCCCCAA